CGCGCCUGUGCUUUUCGCCGCUCGUUUGGCUCGCAUCCUUUAUGCACAGCACGCUGCUCCAGCCCUUAAAGCGAACACAGGCACCCGUGUCGGACCAGCAUGGCUUCCUGAGCGAGAUGGAAGCGAAGCAGCACUCGAUCAAGAGCCUGAAGAGCUACCCGGAGGCUGGGGGCCGGAGUCUGGCGGCGGCGGCGGGUGGGGACGGCGGAGGGUAUCGCGUCGGCGGCGCGGAGAUGGAGAUGGAGGCGAACAUACAGAAAGCAAUCGACUUCAAAGUGGAGGGUCACCGAUGCUACAAGGAGAAGAAAUUCCGGGAAGCUAUUGGGAAAUAUCACAGGGCACUGCUGCAACUGAAAGGGGUCCAUCUCGUCGACGGGACCACCGGAUCCGAGGUGAACCUCCUCAACCAAGCCGCUGCCAAGCUGACAGAAGAGCAGAGGAGAACGGUGGAGAGCACCGAGAUCGAGUGCUACGACAGCCUGACAGCCUGUUUGCUGCAGUCGGAGCUGGUGAAUUACGAGCGGGUUAAGGAAUACUGUUUGAAGGUCCUCGGACACCAGCAGGAUCACUUUAAGGCCAUGUACCGUGCUGGGAUUGCCUUCUACCACCUUGGAGACUACGAGUGUGCCCUGCGUUACCUACGCGAUGCCAAGUGCCGUGAACCCACAGACACAAACGUGCUGCGAUACAUCCAGCUGACGGAGAUGAAGAUGAGUAAGAGCAGUCAUCAGGUGCGUGAGAGCGGGAAAGAGUCCUUGGGUUAAAGACGCCCACUGCUCUGCCCCUCAUGCCUCGCCAUAACCCUGAUAGAAAACCUUGAGUCUCUCCCCCUUUUCCCACAAUGCCCCCUAUCCCGUGGAAAACCAGGACACAUGUGCUGCGCCCCCUCUGAAAGCGGACUGAAACGGGCACAGCUACAGCACAGCGACUGUCUUUUCUCGCUCUGUCCCUUUAAAUCCGACGAGAAUCUG